AUUGAAAGUUACCCAAAAUAACCUAGGUGAUAUUAUUUUAGGCAGCAGUGGUAGGCCUCUCUAAAGAGACUACACCGCAAUGAGAUAGACUAGUAUAUUUGGGCAAGCGCGCUGCACCCAAUAACUACUGUAACAAAUAGACCCGGUUGGUUUGCGUGCCCAGGCUGAGUGCGGGGUUUCUUCAUUGCUGCCUUCCGUUUGAUUCUCUGUUUGCACGUCUUGACUUUGGCAUGUCUCUGGUUAUCCCACUGAGUGCCGGACACCACAAUGAUUUGCGCGCGAUGCCGCCACGCUUUUCAAUCCAUUGUCAUCAAUGAUGAUACAUGGAUUGCGGGUUCCAACAAGAGCCACCAGCCGGAAGGGCGGGAAGAGCAGAAAAAGUGGCUCGCGUUUACACAUCAUCCGACGUAUGAAAGCUUCAGGGAGGCCACCGACCAACGUUGCAGCGUUUGCAUUGUCCUUUGGGGGGAACUGGGAGCUGAGCAACAGAGUCUACUCGCGGAUGCGAUUUGGACGCGCAAGGACAGCACCUCGGGUCAAUCACUCAAAGCCAGUACCGUAUUCUUGAGUCAAAAGCGCCAGAUAUAUCAAGGGGGGGAUACAAUUGUUACAUUCCAAGGCACGACAACUAGAGACUGGCACUCAACCAACACCGAAUGGAUCUGUUGGAAAGCCAACAGCCACAAUUCCACGGUGACAUACUUUAUGGGAGCCGUUAAAACAGUGAACUUUUCGAGUGCUUAGGACCAGCCCAGAAUCUGUCGAUUGAGUUCUCUUCGUCUCCUCAAGUUAUCUGGGUACCUCGCAGACCAUAUGUAACAGCUGUGUAUUACCCCUGACCAGGGUACGACACCGGCAACCCAGUUCCCGAGUUUCAAGUGCCAUCACUUCCAACAGGUAUCUUAACGCUGACUGGCUCGCGGUUCUUGUCACU